UUCUUUGAGCCAGGGAAUUCGCGCGGUUCUUCAAAAUAUGGCGACCGGAUCGGACGAGAGUGUAAACAGUGCGACGGAAACGUCAAAGAAUGAAGCAUCGACCAUGUCGACGCGUGAUUCUACGCUGGUAGUUUCCAGAGCAGGAGAAGGAAUGACUGAUGAAGGCUCUCACAUGAUUCGCCUAAGGGAUGCACUUCAGAAAACUGUCAAAAAAUGUCUAGAGGCAGGGAGAUACAGCACUUUUGGCCGAAGCUACUACUUUGCACACGAGAAGAGACCAGAGGCUUUAAGAAGCAUCAGAGAACAAUUCCUGGAAAAUCUGGAAUCAUCUAUUCAGAAAGAAUUGGAGUUGAUGAUUGAUGAGGAAGGUUUAGUGAAACUCUUCAAUGAAUUGGAUCAGCACAUACAAGACGCACCAACGCAGCUAACAAAACCGGCAUGGAGACCUUCAGGUGACCCAGUGGAGGAUUCUCGCGCCCAUCUCAUCCAACCCAAACUCAGAGAGAAGGAAAGAUUGGAGCAUCUCUUAGAUCAGAUUGAGCAAGAGAACAAACGAUUACAUCAAGCAGUACUACCACGCAAGCAACAUCUGCUCGACACUAAACAGAAGAUCACCGAGAAAAUGAAAACGUUUGACAGGGCUGCAGCUGCAUGUAGGAAGAUUCCAGAAGAUGAAAUGGAAGAGAUGAGUGCAACAUUGUCUGGCGCCAUCUAGUGGUGAUUCUUGGGCGAAACAAGGGUAUGAGAUGAUUUGAGCAUGGAGAAAAAUGUAUAUUUCUUGCAAUCAUUGUAUCUCAUACGAAGUUGUAAAGUUGUACAUUAGUUAUUUAAGUUUUGUAAAUUAUUACCUUUCAAGCCAUUUUUAAGGUGCAAACCUGUGCUCUUCAAAACAAUUUUUUCUUCUCCUUUCAAAGGUUCAAUUUGUUUGUCGUCUUUUAACAAAAAACUACUUAUACAGAUCUUGGGUGUCUGCAACCUUCCGAAAAGGGGAUAUCGUUUUUGUGCACAAAUGACCCCCCCCCCCCCCCCCCCCCACGAGAGCGGAAUUAUUGUCUGGAAGGCAAUAAUGUGAUUUUUAUGAAGAAAUAAUUCAAUAACUAACUAUUGGUUGAUUUUUGGGUUCGAUGUUUUAUUCAAAAGUUAAUAACUUAUUAAAUUUCUUCGAAAAUAGAAAUUGAAAAAUCAAAUAUAUUUUUUGAUGUAACCCUAAAAAAACAAAACACAUGGGGAAUGCAUUAAUUUGUACAUGUACGUUUGUUAAGCAGUCUUGAUUCACAUGUACAUUUGUAUAUACACAUUACUGGUUUUCUUUCAUCUAAAAUAGAUUAUGAAGUUAUUAGUACAUAAUCAAGAAGUAAGUGCUAAAUGGAAGAAAGUAUUCAUAAAUUGGAUAUUCUCAUAAAAUAUAUAUUAGGUAAAAUAUUAAAUAAAACACAAUGUGAUCGAAAUUUGUCAAAGCUUGAUAGAUUUAAUCAAAUUAUAAUCAGAUUUCAGAAAUUGGCAAUUGAUAUAUGAAUUUGCAAAUUGUUUUUAGCAUUAUAGCAAAAGUUGCUAUGUAUACUGACAAAUCAUUCAAAUAAUAAUUAGACCUUCAUUAGCUGUCAAGAAAUUGCGCUAAAAUUUGCAUUUUAUCUUACUUGUAUUGAUUCCCGCCACCUUUAAGGCUACUUAAAAUCACAAAACCUUUCUCAAUAAGCAAAUAAACCAACAUAAUAACGUAAUCUGUAA